AUGACCGAAGCGAAUCUGUCGGAAAUAGCCUUGGAUCCAACAAACAUCCUUCAAAUCGGCUUUGUGAAUCCCGCGCAAUACUAUUUCGAGUUUUAUUUGAAUACUGACAUCACUCAAGUAUCGUACUCCAUCCUACCAAGCCAUAUGUGUUACACCAUGAAUUGGAGAACAGACACUAAAAUGGAAGCUGUACAUCAAAACAUCAUCGCUUUCGAGAUGAAUAUGAUGGUGUCCUGGCCGGACGAUGAGCACAUUCAGACGUCGCCCUAUGAGCUGACCCUAGGCUUUCACUACGUCGAUACGAACACGGCGGGACAGAGGCAUGCCAUCGUCUUACGCCCGUCGGGUGACUACGUGUUCGGAGUGAUCCAGGAAGGGACCCGGACAUUGCCACCGCCGUAUGACACUAUGUGCCGGAACUAUACUGAGACGCUCACUUUCGACGACGGAUACACGGUGAAAUCGUCCCGAGACAUGUGCAACGAAGACUGCAAAAUGCAGGUGGUUCUCCGGGUUUGCGGGUGUCUCAUGUCGAACUACAUCUACAGGAAUAAAAUUAGCGGGAACGUCUGCGACGCGAACGCGACCGAAAACUGCGUGCAAGCUCAUGCCCGGGAAAUGUACACCAAGAUUUGUCCGACCGAAUGUCCCGCCGCCUGCAGAGAGGACACGUACAAAGCAACGCAGUCCAUCUGGCGUCAAAUCGGAUCGGAUGACAACGAUCUGAAGUACGUGAAUGUCAAAGUUAUCGUGACGUCUCGUCAAGUCGAUGUCCUGCAUUUCGUUCCCUUGUUGACGUCCACCCAGAUACUCGGGAUCAUAGGAGGUUACAUCGGUUUUUGGAUGGGGCUCUCGUUCUACAAGGUAGGAGCCCUUUGUGCCAGGAAAGUUCAAGUCAACGCCUACCAGAUGUUUUCUAUCUUGACAAUCAUGCAUUACCUCGUCGUUCAUAAGUCAUUCAAAACGUGUCUCCUGCUGAGUACGAUAAUUGCAUGCAGCGUGAGUUGCAUCCGCGAGUUCCACGAGUACAGAAGAUAUCCUACUACGGUCUACUACUCUCAGGACUCAAUAGACAGAGCCGCCUUCCCAGCGACGACUGUUUGUCUUCUUGACGGAAUUAACUACAGCGAUAUAUGCUCUACGUACCUGGGCGAGAACUGCGCGAACAGAGAACCUAAUUUCGAAUCCAUGGUCGGGAACGACAUCGUGCUCAUGAAAUUCAUAAUUAACUUCACCUACCUCGCCGAAGAAGUUGUGAGCGACUGUACGAUGGAGUCUCGAUCGGAUCUCUGCGAAUCCUUCGAUUGCACCGACCUAUGGAAUCGAACUUUCACUUACGUGAAGACAGGAUCCUGCUACACUCUGGACAUGACCACGCUGCCAGAUCAUACGUUCUGGAAGUGUAAAGAGCAGUUCAAAUACAAUUUGAAGUUCAAAGUGAGGAGCUUCGGUGCCAAGGUCGGCGGGGGUGCAACGAUGACAGCUCUGGUUCAUGAACAGAACAGAUACACAUCGGGAAUAAUCCAUUCCUUCCGAUUCGAGCCCGGCAGGAAAUACUACUUGACAGUGGCUCAGUCUCACCUGGUGUCCUUGCCGAAGCCCUACGAGUCGGGCUGCGUGGAUUACGAAAAGGACGGGAGCAACGAGCGUUUGUACCAGCGUUACAUAAUUCAAGAGGAAGAGUGCUGCGAAGCUUGCGUGGCUGCAACUUGGAUCAAACACUGCGGUUGUUUCUCGAAGAUGUACGCAGUGAAACACAAGAUGACUGAAAAUGUGUGCGAUUACGUCACCCAUUUGAAAUGCAUCGACCGAAUGAUUCAACACAAGUGGUCCGUGGGCUGUCAGGGUCGGUGUACGCAAGGUUGCAACGACAAGCGUUAUCGCGGUCUGAUGCACCAGAUCGGAUACCUGAACACUCCCGAGGGCAUCCCGAGCUCUGACCAGUGUGAGAUAAGAGUUUUCUUGGGAUCGACCAGCGUCAAGAGAGUCACGAAUUUAGCGAAGAUCAAGCUGUCGGACUUCAUUCUUUACUUAAGUGGUCAUAUCACAAUGUGGCUCGACGUCUCCAUCAUGGGAUCGGCCCCGGACACCAUCCUGAGCAUGAUGCGCCAUUUCCAAAACACAUUGUUCAGCAUAUGA